UUCAUUGCUAUCUUGGGCUUGCCCGGGACGCGAAGAAGGAAACUGUCUUGCCAUCCACAUUGACGAGGCAUGCACGGCACUCAUGGCUGGAUCGAUAGGUACAGUACCAGUACAUGCAUGUUCCGCGACUUCGGGUCGUGCCUUCCUAUCAUGACUCCUGGUAACCGAGACGUCAAAGGUGAGUCCAAGACCAGGUGGAUGGAACAUUGCGGAAAGAAUCCAUAGAAUUAUUCCAAUCCAUACACCUCGACAUCUAGCUAUGCCACAAACCUCAGUCUGCCAGUGAGUGCAGUGGCGGCGAUGGCUGGUACCAAAACUCUUGAACAUCCACUCCUUGAAGAUCAGUCCUUCGAUGACCCCCUCCAUGCAGCCGAGUACGCACGUCGAAAUGGCCUGACAGUCGAUGUCUACUGUGACCCCUUCACAUUUCCCCCAGCCCUAUUCAAAGCCCUGGAGCAGGAGUCGACGGAUUCUAAUGGUUUAACGCCAUGCAACGACUUACCAGACAUUUCCCUUCCUUCCGCGACACCUAUUACCGAGCAAUGGGAGGUAUCCGGAAAUGCUCUGAGAUCCCUGAGAGAUGUCUGCCAGAGAUAUACCGAGGUGGAAGUAAAGGACCUCACUUUUCAGACCAUUCAGCACAACGCCGGCAAUGCCCGACGCUUGAAACUGGAGCUCCCCGUGCUUCGAACUGACCAUGAUAUGGAUUACCGGGCGUACGUUCGAACCGUAAAUGCUGCGCGAGAUACCCGCCUCCUUGACAGCCACCUGCCACUCGAGCCAGCCAAUACUGAGAAGGAUGAAGGGCUCGAGUUCCCCGCCAGAGUGUAUCAACUCGACCGUCAGAUUACGAAAGCCGUGGCCGGAGAAAGACUUGAGAUGACGCGAACUACCUUGCAAUGCCUGGCGGGGAACUUGAAAUCGGACUGGACAGAUGAAAAUACGCGACAACUGCUAGAGAUUGAGACGGAUUAUCAUGGAAUCACCGCUAAACAGCCACCUACGCCUCCCAUUAGCCCGAGACAUCAAGCCAAAGAAUACUACAUCCCGGACAACGACGUCUGCAAAGUGCCGAUCCUGUCAGACGCCAGCUCUCGGCUCAGCGAGGAACUGCAAGCCAUCGAGGAGAGGAUCUUUGAGUGCGACAACGACUCCUGGUUGGCCGACGCCCAACUACUCGACGAGCUCGAAAGAGGCCAAGUAUCGGAUUUGAGCGUCGGGCUGGGUCCAGUGCACGAAAUGUCCGACUUGAAGGUAGAGGUGCCCUUGAUGCCGCAAGACAAGGAUGACGAGGACCUCAUACGACCAUCAGCGAACUUCGGAGAUUUCAAAGAUUGGGUAGACCUGCCCGUCUCAGACUCGGAUGGCAAACUCGACGAAGUCAGGUGUGACGAAGAGCUAGGACAGAUACUUCAGGACAUUGAAGCCAGAACCAUGAUGUCAAUCGAGCAAGAGAAGUUGCAGCCAGUGGAUGCUACUGCAAGGGUACCUGUGCCAUUAAUGGACUUCUCAAUCCCAGAUCCCGAAUGGAACGAAUCUCGAUGUGAUCCCAAGAUGAUGUUCGAAUGGAUUCGCACCCGUAACUGGGGCGGCGCUGAGACACCAGUAUGGCCCGGAAAUAGGUUGGUUGAGAGCAGGAUGGUCUGGGUGCCAUGGACACAACGCAUCCCCACAUUCUCAUCGGAGGAAAAGAUCAAGGCCAACGACAUUGUUUUAGAGGCAUAUCUUGCACGCGCGGAAGAUACAGAGGUUCCCAACAGCUCUAAUUUUGUGUGGAAGCGACCCGGCCUCGCCGCUCUUGGAGACGACGAGGAUGACGACGAGGACGAUGAGCUGGAGCCUGCCCUCAACCAGCUACCGCCAGUAGAGGAAGAUCUCAUGAUGGCGGUCAAGAGGAGAAAACGACUUCUCGAUGAGCGAACCGAUGGGCUACAAGCACCCCAGAAGCCUCCUAAUGGUUGCAAUGCUGAUGGCAAACCAGCACUCUUGAUCGGUGACGAGCCAGGCGCAGCGUCUAAGCUGUUAGACAACUAUAUGGAACUUCAUGCCCCCAAGAAACCUAAACUGACACACAGUUCGUUCUUUAAGCCGCCGAGAGAGGACCCAGUCCUGCCUGUCAAACCUUCAGGCGAGACUGCUCCCCAGCCAGACACAACUUUACGAACCCUGGCCAAUAUGCCAUGCCCACAAAUCAACCUCCCCGGUACGCCGCUCAGACUGAUCGCCUCCGUGUCCAUACCUCGUGGUAUACUCCGCCGCCUCGAACAGCUUCUCUCGGGCGCGGAGCUGAUCGACAGGGACUACAAUGCCUACAACUCGUCCAUCUGGCUCCCAGGUUCCGUCUGCCGGUCCGAAGUCACCUCGCCCCUGGCGGACGAGGCAGACUUGAUCGUCUCCCCAUCAACCGGCAUCCUCCUUACGACCAUGAUAAAGGUCAGGCAGAAGCCUCUGCCGGGAACAAAAGGAAACUCGCCCCUCUACAGCUUCAUCGAGAAAGUUAGCGUGCGCUAUGAGAGGCUCAUCAUAGUUGUUUCUGAGGGUCUUGCGUACGAUGACAUGGCGACGGCUGGCUUGCCUCCCGCCGAUGCCAUGGCGCUCGCGAGAUUUCAGGGGUUCGCGACUAGCCUGGAGACCCAAGCACACGUCUUCUACAUUGCGGGCGGCGAGGAGAACCUGGCAAAAUGGACGGCGCAUAUGGCCUGCCGGUACGCCGCGGAUGCCGCUACCCGGCAAUAUCUGCUCCAGCGGGAAUCCAACUGGGAGCUGUUCUUACGCCGUUCGGGUAUGAACGUGCAUGCAGCGCAGGUGGUCCUGGGCAUGUUGAAAGAUGCAAAUACCGUGAUUGGAGGGCAGCGCUUCUGCGGCCUGGCUGCUUUUAUCAAGAUGUCGGACGUCGAGAGGGUGGCGAGGUUUGGGAGGAUCCUGGGAGGGACGUGGGUCUUGCAAAGAGUCAGUAGGGUUAUCGACAGGGACUGGGAUCAAGAAUUGGGUGCUGGGAAAGGUGCUGGCUGUUUGCCUGGUAGAGGAUGCUAAAUGUGGGCUUUGAAGCGGAUAUGUUGCUGCAAAUACUUGAUGCCUCAUACCAAGGGAUCUGAUGUUGGGAAAAGACACUGGCUGCGCAAUUACUGGCUGCAAGCAGGAUCUGUUAUGACAUGGCUCGGAAAAUGAUGCUGGAUUUGUAACUCACUCAUAAGUGUCUGUGAAUCGCAUAUCGCAUACAUCCGAGGUGCUCACUGGUGAG